CUCGUACGACGCCGUGCGCCUCCCGGAGACUCCUGGGUAGCGGUUUACCCCCGCCCCUUGCGCCCGCGUCUUCCUUUCGCUCGCCGACGCCGCCGAGGUCGCACGCGCUAGGCCUGUCCGCCGCUGUCGACAUGCGUUACGUCGCCUCCUACCUGCUGGCCGCCCUCGGGGGCAACUCCUCCCCCAGCGCCAAGGACAUCAAGAAGAUCCUGGACAGCGUGGGCAUUGAGGCUGAUGAUGACCGACUUAACAAGGUCAUCAGUGAGCUGAACGGGAAAAAUAUUGAAGAUGUCAUCGCCCAAGGUAUUGGCAAGCUCGCCAGUGUGCCUGCUGGUGGGGCUGUGGCUGUCUCUGCUGCCCCUGGCUCUGCAGCUCCUGCUGCUGGUUCUGCUCCUGCUGCAGCAGAGGAGAAGAAGGAUGAGAAGAAAGAAGAGUCUGAGGAGUCAGAUGAUGAUAUGGGAUUUGGCUUGUUUGAUUAAAUUCCUGCUCCCCUGCAAAUAAAGCCUUUUUAUGUA